AGAACAGCAGCACUAGCCAGCCACCAGCAGCAGCAAUCAUAAAUCAUAAUAAUAACAUAUCGCAAUCAUGGAACAUUGUUUUGUAUCAUUGUGUACCAGCUGAUUGUCGUGUGUGUUGUGUCGAUGACAAUAAGCUAUGCACAUCCUUUUUUGAGCGUGUUUAUUUUUUCAACUUUCAAGGAUAUCGAGUCCGAUUUCCAUAUGCUAAAUUCGACGUGUAAAAAAACUAACAAGAGUUUUUUGCUCUUUAUCAAUGCAUUGUUUAACAAGUAGUGUGGGCUAGUUGGCUUUUUUUUUCGCCAGAAGACCUUGAAAUGAGCAAUGAUCAAUUUUGCUCGGGCACUUGUGGCAGUUCCAGAAAUGAUUAUAGCAACUGAAGUCCCAGUGGAUGAGCAAGUGCAGGAGAAUGAAAGUUUUGUGACAGUACAGAAAGAAUUAAGUUUUAGAUAGUUAUUUAUUAUGAUUGUUCCUCUAUGAGAUUCUGAAAAUGAAUUAUUGUGAGAUUAAACAAUAGUUCAGGUUUUGAAAUCUCAUUAGUCAGAAUGAAUUGUGCAAUUCAAUUGUGUGUGUAGACUGCAACAUCCUAGUUGCCCAGCAAAUAAAGCUUUUAUUUUUAAUCAUGAUAUUUAUAAUCGUUUAAAAAUGGAUGAUAUGAACAGCAGACUUCAUAAAUUAAAUAUCCAAGAUAACUACAAAGCCAAGUAUUAUGUAGUUAAACAAACUACAUUAUUAAAACAUUUGAAGGGAAACUGCAAUGCCAAUAUUGGUAGGGCUGUUCCUGGAAUGCUUGUGAUAGCUAUAGCCACUGAAGACGAUGGGCUACGCGUUAUUGUACUUGAAGAAUUCACAGAUGAUAUAACAAGUGAUAAUACAUGGUAUAAUACUGAAUGGAAAUGUCAUCCAGUUGAUCUUAUUCAAGUAUCAUGGUUUGUUUGGCAGUUACUACGUCCAAUAAGUAGCUUUCAAGAAAGAGUUAGAUUAGCAAAUAAUAAAGAACUUUGUAAAGAUGUUGAAAAUAUUAAACCCGAGAGCAAGGUUUGGUAUUGUCCAGAAUCCAAUGACCUUACUCCAAAAACAUAUGAAGCUACAGUUAAUUUUAUAGAACUUGUGCCAGAGCUUGGGUCUGGAUUAUUUUUUGGUCUAGAUGUGCCCGAUAAUCCAAAUGAUAUCGAGCAUAAAAAGUUGAUACAAAAAUAUUUCAAUACUCUGGAAAGGUCCAAAACGUUUGCAACUCUCAGCAGUAUUAAUCCAAGAAAGGCUAGUCCUUUAGAGGCAAUAAAAGAAUUUCAAAAAAAUUUUCUCUCCCAUGAUAUAUUACAGCAUGAAAAAAGUAAUUUGUUUAUUCCAACUAAUAGAGAAUACUCAGAAAAUAGAAGAAAUCCUUCAACCACAUAUACCAGUACAACUUUUCUAAAUCUGCCACAAAAAAUUACAGAUCCUUACUAUGGUUUGCCAUAUGAAUCACAAAAAAGUACAAAUUCAUUUCCAUUGCACAAUUUGCAGAAAUCUCAAACUUUUCAGUAUAAUUCACAGAAAAAUUCUAAUGCACCUGUGCCACUGAAUGCACAAAGCGUGCAGAGAAUUGUAAAUUCAAAUCCAUAUAAUAUUUUACAAACAAAUCAAUAUUCCGUUUUAUCUGAUAAAGACAACAAUAAUGGAAUAACUGCUCCUAGAGAAUCUGUAGUUUAUACUAUUAACAAUUAUCCAUCAAAAAGUCAAAUACAUCUAGAGCAAAACGAUAACAAAACAUUAUAUAAAAAUGUAAAAAGUUUUGAUCCUUUAAUUUCUGAUGAUGAAGUUGAUGAAAUACCCAAAAUAAAUCAUCAACAAUUACAAAACACGAGAGACUUAAGUAUUGGUUCAUGCGUGAAAGUUUUAGUUGAUAAUGAUAGCCACUAUGGAGUAAUUCGUUGGAUUGGUACAAUUGACAGACUAAAUCCUAAUAAACUUACAGCUGCAAUUGAAUUGGACAACAUACAUCCACUUGCCACAGAUGGAACGUACCAGAAUGUUAGGUAUUUCCAAUGCAGUCCUCGAAAAGCUUGGUUCACUGACUUGAAAGAUUGUCAUGAAUAUGACAUGGCUGCGAGUAAUUGUUAUUACAAUCAACAAGAUUUGAAUGAUUUCGAAUCAAUACCAAGUUCUAUAAUAACCGGAACAGUACCGCCCAUAUGUGUGAACGGCGAUUUAGAAAAAAUGUGCGGUAAAUAUCGAGGUAUACAGGGUCAUCAUAAUUCUUGUUACUUGGACUCGACUCUUUUUAGUAUGUUUGCAUUUACCUGCGCUUUUGAUGAACUAUUGUUUCGACCACCAAAUGAUAAAGAUUGCCCGGAGUACGAAGAAGUGCAGCGAAUAUUACGCGAGGAAAUCGUUAAUCCUCUUAGAAAAGAUCUAUUCGUCAGAUCAGAUCGCGUUAUGAAAUUGAGAACGUUAUUAGAAAAGUCUUCUUCGAUUUCCGGACUUACAACCGAAGAAAAAGAUCCGGAAGAAUUUUUAACGUCGUUGGUAGCGCAAACUCUCAAGGCGGAGCCGUUUUUGAAAUUGAGCUCGGGCCAAGACGCUUAUCAUUAUCAGUUGUUCGUCGACAAGGACGAAAAGCUCGUAUUUCCGUCUGUGCAGCAGCUACUGGAGCAGAGCUUCUUACAGAGCAACAUAAAAUUGAAAACGGCGCCUUCUUGCUUAAUCAUACAAAUGCCGCGCUUCGGCAAAACAUUCAAAAUGUAUCCAAAAAUACAGCCCACUCUAUUGUUAGACAUAACGGAUAUCGUCGAAGAUGCGCCACGAUGGUGUACGGUGUGCGGAAAAUUGGCCCACUUCGAGUGCAAAGACUGCUACGGUCAAUGCGGCGAGGGCCUGGAGAGCAUAGCUUUUUGCAAGCCCUGCCUGAAAAAAGCUCACAGUCACGAGCUGAGAACCAAUCACGAGCCCAAAACCUUGACCGUCGCCCCGGCGGCGGCCUACGACGCGACCAACAAUUACGGCUCGGUACCGCGAAGGUAUCUCGAGCUGCUCGCGGUCGUCUGCAUAGAGACCUCGCACUACGUGUCCUUCGUGAAGUGCGGAUCCGGCUUCGAAGCCCCGUGGUGCUUCUUCGACUCGAUGGCCGAUAGAAAAGGCGAGCAAAAUGGUUACAACAUACCGGAAAUGGUGCCGUGUCCCGACUUCCCGUACUGGCUGAGCGAGGAGGGCGCCAAGUACCUGCGCACGGUGUCCGACGAUCGGGUGCUGCCCGAGCACGCGAAAAGACUCUUAUGUGAUGCUUACAUGUGCAUGUAUCAAACCCCCGACCUAAUGGUGCACAAAUGAUAUGUUAUGUAUAGGUGUAAUAAUUAUAAUAAUAAUCUCAGAAUCCAACAAGACUUCGAAUGCUAAAAAUGGUAUUAUCAAUGAAUAUUAUAUUGCUUAAGCGUAAUUAAUGAAUUAUUUUUAGAAAAUUUUUAUUUACAUACAGACGAAAGUCCAGGGCCGCGUCUCUCGUGUUACGAAUGAUUUAAAAUUUUAUUUUGAGCAAAUAAACGAUGUAAUCAAUCGUGUUCUGUUAAUAAUGAAUAAUCGAUCUUUAAUAAUCGUAAUAUACAUAAAAAAUAUAUAUAUAUAUUUAUCAUUUUUUGAAGAUCUUAAAUAUGAAAAUCUAUAGUUAUGUUUAAAAUUUUAAAAGGUCAUAUAACUAUGUAAGAUUAAUGUAUUUUUGAUUUACUAAAUUAUUUACUAAUAAGCCAUUAUUUUAAAUGUUUUUAUUUACGCUUCAAAUUGAUAUCGGAAGUAUAUUUAUUUUACCAAUUAAUUAUUUGCGCACAUGACAUUAUUAAUAAUAUUUUUUUUUUAUUCCUUAAUUUUACUUUCAUACAUUAUUAAAUGAUAUUGUUUUUUAUUGUACUAUUUUAAAAGAAUUUCAAUAAAUGAUCAAAGUUGUUGAAAAUUUGUAAGUAACUGUGAACUUAAUU